ACGGUUUCAGUAUCCCCAGGCGCCUUAACAAUAAGCAGCGGGUUACAGAGGAAAUCGAGUCUCUCCGUGGCGCUUCCAGGCUGAGGACCCUGCGCCUACCGGCCGAGCACCCCCUAGGGCAGAGGGGCGAGGGAGACCGGCGGGAAGGGGCAGCAAGCCGCCUGAUUGACAGCCCGAAAUCUGAUCUUGUGAAAGAGACGCGGAGCCAAUGGGAGGCAGCGAUCCAUCAGUUUGGAUUGGAGGCCCCUGGAGGAGAAGUAGAGGAAAAACCACCGAAUUGAGCUCUGUCAGAGGCGCUUUCGGCUUCCAAGGGGGAAGUGCUGCGCUAUAAUUAAUGUUUUUAUUAAAUUUGGAGGGAAGUUUUUGCAGCCUUUCGCCUAGCGUGGCCUUCAGUCCCGUUAGGUGCAAAGCAAGUCUCGUUGAUCGCCAUUGCUAGUUUUGCACACGUUUGCGAAUCAGAGCUGCCCGGGGUACACCGACCGCGCAGGGAAACAUCGAGAGUGUAAAUAAAUACAUCGCCUCUUGUUCGGAUUUUUGCUACUACCGAAAAUAUGUAAAUUGUGAACUCUCUUGGCUCUCUUUGGAUCCAGGUUGAUAGAAGUCCAGAUCCUGAGGAAAUCUCCAGCUAAAUGCUCAAAAUAUAAAAUACUGAGCUGAGAUUUGCGAAGAGCAGCAGCAUGGAUGGAUUUUAUGACCAGCAAGUGCCUUACAUGGUCACCAAUAGUCAGCGUGGGAGAAAUUGUAACGAGAAACCAACAAAUGUCAGGAAAAGAAAAUUCAUUAACAGAGAUCUGGCUCAUGAUUCAGAAGAACUCUUUCAAGAUCUAAGUCAAUUACAGGAAACAUGGCUUGCAGAAGCUCAGGUACCUGACAAUGAUGAGCAGUUUGUACCAGACUAUCAGGCUGAAAGUUUGGCUUUUCAUGGCCUACCACUGAAAAUCAAGAAAGAACCCCACAGUCCAUGUUCAGAAAUCAGCUCUGCCUGCAGUCAAGAACAGCCCUUUAAAUUCAGCUAUGGAGAAAAGUGCCUGUACAAUGUCAGUGCCUAUGAUCAGAAGCCACAAGUGGGAAUGAGGCCCUCCAACCCCCCCACACCAUCCAGCACGCCAGUGUCCCCACUGCAUCAUGCAUCUCCAAACUCAACUCAUACACCGAAACCUGACCGGGCCUUCCCAGCUCACCUCCCUCCAUCGCAGUCCAUACCAGAUAGCAGCUACCCCAUGGACCACAGAUUUCGCCGCCAGCUUUCUGAACCCUGUAACUCCUUUCCUCCUUUGCCGACAAUGCCAAGGGAAGGACGUCCUAUGUACCAACGCCAGAUGUCUGAGCCAAACAUCCCCUUCCCACCACAAGGCUUUAAGCAGGAGUACCACGACCCAGUGUAUGAACACAACACCAUGGUUGGCAGUGCGGCCAGCCAAAGCUUUCCCCCUCCUCUGAUGAUUAAACAGGAACCCAGAGAUUUUGCAUAUGACUCAGAAGUGCCUAGCUGCCACUCCAUUUAUAUGAGGCAAGAAGGCUUCCUGGCUCAUCCCAGCAGAACAGAAGGCUGUAUGUUUGAAAAGGGCCCCAGGCAGUUCUAUGAUGACACCUGUGUUGUCCCAGAAAAAUUCGAUGGAGACAUCAAACAAGAGCCAGGAAUGUAUCGGGAAGGACCCACAUACCAACGGCGAGGAUCACUUCAGCUCUGGCAGUUUUUGGUAGCUCUUCUGGAUGACCCUUCAAAUUCUCAUUUUAUUGCCUGGACUGGUCGAGGCAUGGAAUUUAAACUGAUUGAGCCUGAGGAGGUGGCCCGACGUUGGGGCAUUCAGAAAAACAGGCCAGCUAUGAACUAUGAUAAACUUAGCCGUUCACUCCGCUAUUACUAUGAGAAAGGAAUUAUGCAAAAGGUGGCUGGAGAGAGAUAUGUCUACAAAUUUGUGUGUGAUCCAGAAGCCCUUUUCUCCAUGGCCUUUCCAGAUAAUCAGCGCCCACUGCUGAAGACAGACAUGGAACGUCACAUCAAUGAGGAGGACACAGUGCCUCUAUCUCACUUUGAUGAGAGCAUGGCCUACAUGCCGGAAGGGGGCUGCUGCAACCCCCACCCCUACAACGAAGGCUACGUGUAUUAACACAAGUGACAGUCAAGCAGGGCGUUUUCGCGCUUUUCCUUUUUUCUGCAAGAUACAGAGAAUCGCUGAAUCUUUGUUUUAUUUCUGUUAUUUGUAUUUUAUUUUUAAAUAAUAAUACACAAAAAGGGGCUUUUCCUGUUGCAUUAUUCUAUGGUCUGCCAUGGACUGUGCACUUUAUUUGAGGGUGGGUGGGAGUAAUCUAAACAUUUAUUCUGUGUAACAGGAAGCUAAUGGGUGAAUGGGCAGAGGGAUUUGGGGAUUACUUUGUACUUAGGCUCGGGAUGGGGUCCUACAAGUUUUGAGUAUAAUGAAACUAUAUCAUGUCUAUUUGAUUUCAUAACAACAUAAGAUAAUGUUUAUUUUAUCUGGGUAUCUAUGGUACAGUUAAUUUCACGUUGUGUAAAUAUCCACUUGGAGACUGUUUGCCUUGGGCAUUUUCCCCUGUCAUUUAUGAGUCUCUGCAGGUGUACAAAAAAACCCCAAUCUACUGUAAAUGGCAGUUUAAUUGUUAGAAAUGACUGUUUUUGCACCUCUUGUAAAAAGGUAUUUAGCGAUUGCAUUUGCUGUUUGUUGUUUUGUUUUGCUUUAUAUAUGACUUGCAGAGGAUAACCAUAAAAUGGGUAAUUCUCUCUGAAGUUGAAUAAUCACCAUGACUGUAAAUGAGGGGCACAAUUUUGGACUCUGGCUCCAAACUGAGUCAUAGGCCAGUAGCAUUACAUGUAUCUGGUGCCACCUUGCUGUUUAGAUACAAAUCAUACUGUCUUUUAAAUAUUUUGAAGCCCAUUUCAGUUAAAUAAUGACAUGUCAUGGUCCUUUGGAAUCUUCAUUUAAAUGUUAAAUCUGGGAUCAAAAUGAAGCAAAAAAUAUCUGUCUCCUUUUCACUUUCUUCAGUACAUAAAUACAUUAUUUAAUCAAUAAGAAUUAACUGUACUAAAUCAUGUAUUAUGCUGUUCUAGUUACAGCAAACACUCUUUAAGAAAAAUAUCCAAUACACUAAAUAGGUACUAUAGUAAUUUUUAGACAUGGUACCCAUUGAUAUGCAUUUAAACAUUUUACUGCUGUGUUAUGUUGAUAACAUAUAUAAAUAUUAGAUAAUGCUAAUGCUUCUGCUGCUGUCUUUUCUGUAGUAUUCUCUUUCAUGCUGAAUUUACUAUGACCAUUUAUAAGCAGUGCAGUUAACUACAGAUAGCAUUUCAGGACAAAAUAGAUGACUCAAACCAUUUAUUGCUUAAAAAAUAGCUUACGCCAUGCUAUGCUAUAAGCAGCUUUUAUGCACAUUGACAAAUGAAGAGUAAGCUUCAGCUUGCUAAAGGAAACUGUGGAACCUUUUUUAACUUUUGGUGAUAUGGAAAAUUAUGUACAAACUGUCAAAGAAUAUGAGGAAGUUGCUGUAUGACAUAGUGCUGGCACUGAUAUUAUCCAUCAUCUCUUUUUGGACACUUCUGUAAAUGUGAUUGGAUUGUUUGAAAGAAGAUGUAAAGUUUCAAAGUUUUUUGUUUUGUUUUUGUUUUGCAUUUGGAGAAAAUAUUGAAAGCAGGGUAUGUUGUUUCAUUCACCUUGAAAAAAACAUGAGUAAAUGGGGAUAUAGAAUCUCUGAAUAGCUUGCUAAAAGAUUCAAGCAAGGGACUUGAAUUUUGUUCCAUCUAUCAAUAAUAUCCAGAAGAACAACUUUUUUAAAGAGUCUAUAGCAAAAAGUAAAAAAAAAAAAAAAUUCUAAACACAAAGUCAAAAUAAACCUAUUGUAAAAGCAUUUCGUGAUGAGCAUGAAAAAGAUUCUUUAAAGAUGAUCCCCCCAGCUACCUAUUUUCCAAAACUACACGGAUCACAGCUCAUUUCUCUAAGUGGAGCAGUUGUCGAGAAACCCAAACACCAAAAUUGCUACUCUUCACAUUUAAUACUACAAAAAAUACUCCAAUUUCAAAAUAUGUAUGUAACCUGCGAUUUCAAUGAUUGUUGUUCAUAUACAUCAUGUAUUAUUUUGGCCCGUUAUGGGCCUAAAAAAGAAAACUAUGCCUUAAAAAUCAGAACCUUUUCCCCCCACUAUGCUUAUGUGGCCAUCUACAGCACUUAGAAUAAAAACAGAUGUUAAAAUAUUCAGUGAAAGUUUUAUUGGAAAAAGAAUUGAGAUAUAUAAUUGAGAUUUGGUGAAAUUGAAGGAGAAAAUUUAAGUGAGUCUUUAAAAUAUAUUCUGAAUGAAAACUAUUGAGGAUUCAUUUUUGUUCCUUUUUUUUUCUUUUUUCUCCUUUUUCUUCUUUUUAAUAGUCUAGUUUUAGUCAGUCAGUGAGGAAGAAUUGGGCCAUGGGUUAUCACAACAAUGGCAGAAAUGGUAUUAAUUAUAUAAUAUUUAAGGACAAACUAUAUGUUUUGCUGUUUUAACGUAGUGUGACUCACUGAACUAAAUACAUAAUUGACCAACAUUAAGUGUAUUUCCAAUACAGAAGGGUUGAAAAUAUUACAUUAUAAACUCUUUUGAAAAAUGUAUCUAAAAUUUUUUAAGUUCUGUUUUUAUUCCACUUUUUGGUUGUGUUUUUAUGUUUUUAUUUUCAGGUAGAUUAAUAAAUCUGGCAGCUGAUUUCUGCAA